AUGAAUAAUACAAGCGCGGAUAACACGUUCAGCUCUACUACAGCACCUGCUUCAGUUUCCUCCACCCCUCUAUCCAGUAGUGACGCAUCGCCCACCUCUGCGUUGGGUUCACCUUCCUCUUCCUCUGACGCUACUAGUUCGACGGCACCGUCAUCCUCGAGCGACGACAACGGUGGUUCCAGCACUUCCAGUCAAAGUCCUUCUACCACUUCUUCGUCGGGUCAGGGAGGUGACGGCAGUGGUAGUUCCAGCGACUCCGGAUCUAGUUCCUCCAGUUCUCCUUCAUCUUCGGAUUUAGUCAGUUCUUCUGGAAGCAUCGUCAGUAGCGUUUACAGUGAUGGACCCUCUUUCGUUACUGAAAUUUCAACUUCAUAUGUUUCCCAUACUGGUUCUCCCAACUGGAAUACUUCCUCUCCUGUAAGCUCGGCCACUUCUCAACCUCAUUCUAGUAAAACAUCGCUUUCUGCCUCUGGUCAUUUGGCUUCUGACUCUAAAAAGACUGGUGGUAGUAAUCAUAAAAGCGUGGUCAUUGGGUGUGCGGUUGCCAUUCCUAUCGGUGUGGUACUCAUUUUAAUUGGCCUCGGUAUCUUCUUUUGGAAGAGACUUCAACGAGCCAAACGAAUUAAAGCCGAGCGCAUGCAAGAAGUUGAGGAGUAUGGCUUCAAUCCCAAUCAAAGCAACAAUUUCCGUGGCCCGAACCGAGCCUCUUCCCCCGAUAGGUAUCGGGGUUGGAGCGGAAGUCCUGCUCCAGCUGUCGCUAGUACUGGUUCCGGUCGUCCUAUUGCUACCAGACCUGCUGCUGCCGCUCCCAACGCCUCACCUCCCAACGCCUCGCCUCCUAAUGCCUCACCUCCAAACACCGGUGCUUCUCAAAAUUCUACAAGUACUGCACGCCCUAGCCCAGGUACGGCGGCUGCCCCUGGAGCUGCUGCAGGUGCAGGUGCAGGUUUGGCGGGUGGAGCCGCUGCGGCCAAUCGUAAUGCUCCAAACAAUUCUGUUGCUUCAAAUCGUAUGGUCCGACCUAUUGGCAAUCCUACCCAACCGAGUCCUCCCGACAAUACAGCGGGUCCUCAAGCUGCCAACAAUGGGAGCAAUUUUUCUGAAGGGUUAGGCGCGUCUCCUUUUGAUGAACAUAAUCAAGACGAAGCGGAGCAAAAUGGAUCUGAAGCUUUCUUUGAAGGCCCUUUAGCUACCAUUCCUGAAAGUGAUACUGAAAGUCAGACUAGUGAGGCUCCUCCAAACUCUUCUGAGUCUUCCAGAUUGCUAUCCCGCAAUUCUCGUCGUCCUUCGCCAAGUGAAAGUGUUACAAGCCAGCCUAACUACUCUCCAUUUGCCGAUAGUAGUCAGGUGCCACGUCGCACCUCUGGUGAGGCUCUUCGUCAAAACAUGAUUUAA